UCUCUCUCUCUCACACACACACACCCCUUUUUCCGUUCAUACUGUUGGAUGAAUAAAGAAAGUGAAGGAUCGUUUUCUUGAAGUGAAUAAUCAUCGGCUCAAAUGGCUUCUUUAGUAUUGCUCUCGACACCAGCUGCUACUCCUAUUCAUUCAACACCAUCAACAAUAACCAAAGCCCUCCGUACCUCUCUCUCUCCCCAAUUACUCGGAGUGUCCAUACUAAACUGUCUACACCCAUCAUCAACACCUAGAGGACGCAGAAGAAUUCUCUCUCCUCUACCUGUAGCUGCACCUCCAACUUCGCCGCCACCCACCUCCCAAGAACAGGAACAGGCUGACCAAACAAACCAAGAAUUAACACAAACAGAUCAAAACCCAGAAAAUAUUGAACUCGAAGACGAUGAAGAGAGUUCAUCAUCAUCCAAAUUCUCUUGGAGAGACCAUUGGUACCCAGUCUCUCUCAUCGAAGACCUUGACCCUGCCCGCCCAACUCCAUUCCAGCUUCUCAACCGCGACCUCGUCCUCUGGCUCGACAAAUCCACCUCACAGUGGGUCGCGUUCGAUGACAAAUGCCCUCACCGCCUCGCUCCUUUAUCUGAAGGAAGAAUAGAUGAAAAUGGGCACUUGCAGUGUUCCUACCACGGGUGGUCGUUUGAUGGGUGUGGAUCCUGUACUCGGAUUCCUCAGGCAUCGCCGGAGGGGCCGGAAGCUCGAGCUGUUCGGUCUCCAAGAGCAUGUGCCACAAGGUUUCCUACUAUGGUGUCUCAGGGUCUGCUUUUUGUUUGGCCUGAUGAGAAUGGGUGGGAACGAGCUGAAGCCACCAAGACUCCUAUGCUGCCUGAUGACUUUGAUAAGCCCGAGUUUUCAACAGUGACAAUUCAGCGCGAUCUGUUCUAUGGCUAUGAUACUCUUAUGGAGAACGUCUCUGAUCCUUCCCACAUUGAUUUUGCUCAUCACAAGGUUACAGGGAGGAGGGAUAGAGCCAAGUCCUUGCCUUUUACGAUGGAGUCUACUGGCCCAUGGGGCUUUGCUGGAUCAAAUGAGGAUAAUCCAAAAAUCAGCGCCAAAUUCGUUGCUCCUUGUUACUACAUCAAUAAGAUAGAGAUUGAUACCAAGCUUCCUAUAGUAGGGGAUCAAAAUUGGGUGAUAUGGAUUUGUUCCUUCAAUGUGCCGAUGGCACCAGGGAAGACCCGUUCAAUUGUUUGUAGUGCUCGAAACUUCUUCCAGUUCACAAUGCCGGGCCCUGCCUGGUGGCAGGUGGUUCCUAGAUGGCAUGAGCACUGGACUUCCAACAAGGUAUAUGAUGGAGACAUGAUUGUGCUUCAGGGUCAAGAGAAGGUCUUUCUUUCAAAGUCGAAAGAGGAUUCUGCUGACAUCAACAAGCAGUACACGAAAAUCACGUUUACACCUACACAAGCUGAUCGUUUCGUCUUGGCAUUUCGCAAUUGGCUGAGGCGACAUGGCAACAGCCAACCCGACUGGUUUGGCGUCACUGACCAACCGCUGCCGUCUAUUGUCUUAUCCAAACGACAGAUGUUGGAUAGAUAUGAACAGCACACACAGAAGUGUUCAUCAUGUAAAAAAGCUUAUACAGCAUUCCGGACGUCGCAGAAAUUCCUAAUUGGUGUAGCUGUUUUAUGCUCUGCAACAGCUGGAAUUCCUUCAGAUAUGCAAUUGCGUAUUAUUUUGGGUGGUCUUGCACUUAUAAGUGCUGGCUUGGCUUACGUGCUACAUGAACUCCAAAAGAAUUUUGUGUUUAUCGAUUAUGUGCAUGCCGAAAUCGAUUGACUCAGAAAGAGAAAUGGCUGAGGCUGUCAGUAACCCUACUUCCAUAGCAUAGGUAUUAUAGAAACCAUUGUUGCAUAGAGCAUGAAGCAGUGUUUGUAAUAUGGCAUCAUUUGCUAGCAGCUGUAUAUCGGUUUCAUAGUUAACAGAGAAGUGCAUUUAGAAGCAGUUUCAUUUGUAUAGGAUGCCAAAAUGCAUACACCUGAAAAAAAUCAAUAGUAGUUGAAAGUGUUGUACUAUAUACUCAAAUUGGUAUAAAGAGGAGAACUUUUCAUUUUUAUUUCUAUUACUG